AUGCCCUCUAAAUUCAUAUACCUCUUUUUAUCUUCCCUAACUAUUUGCUUCAACUGUUUGAACGAUUCUUCUUUUUUUUUUACGUACGCUUUGAAUAAGGGAAAAAAUAAAGCCUCAAAUUUUUUAAAUGUAAGUAAUGAUAAUAUCCAAUAUGACGAUAUAUCAUCCUUCAGUGAGGAAUUAAUAAAUGCGUUUUCUCUAAGGUUGAAGAGGGUCCCUGAAUUAGUGCUUAGGGAAAAGGUGGCAGUCCAACUUGCAAAGGCGGCAGAUAACCUAAAUCUGCCAAACCCGAACGAAGAAGUUUGUGAAAUAAAUUAUGCUGAAUUAUGUCCAGAGGGAUGGUCAAAUUUUGGGGAUGGAGAAAGUUGUUUAAGUCCCAUUAAUUAUACAGGAGGAUGUGAUAAGAAGGUAUCUUUUAAAAACUAUACUGCCAUAAAUAAAUAUGUUUUUUCUAUAAAAUGUAGUAUAUCCUGGCCUUGUAUAAAUAAAUGUACACAAAAUUACUCAGAAGAAUGUCCAGAGAAUUGGAUAUUAAUAAAUAAAAAUAUUUGUAAAGCACCGAAAAAUUAUAAAGGAAAAUGUAUAAAAGAAAAGAUGUUUUCUAAAUUUUCCGAAAGUGAAAAGAAAAUAUGGGCAGAAAAAUGUGAUGUCAAUUGGCCAUGUUAUGAAAAAACGUAUAAUUUAAAAGUGGUAUGUCCAAUUGAUUGGAAAAUACAUCCUAAUAAUAAAAGUUGUAUAGCACCAACAUCUUAUAUAGGUCCUUGUAAGAGUAUAAUGUAUUUACAUAACUUAAAAGAUAAUGAAAAAUUGUCUUUAAUAAAAAAAUGUAAUAUCGAAUGGCCAAUUCAUGAAAAGAAAGAAGUUGACUUGAGUUCUUUAUGUCCAAUUGGUUGGAAUAUAACACAUGUAGAUAACAUUACAUGUAGUGCACCCUCUUCAUAUGUAGGUCCUUGUGAAAAAAUAAUAUCAUUUGAAAAUUUUAGCAAAGAGGAGAAAUAUGAAUUUUCCCAAAAGUGUGAUAUCCAUUGGCCAUUAUUAGAUCAAAAACUUCAAAAUUUUAAUUUACCUUGUCCUUACAAUUGGAACUUACUCGAUGAGAAAAACAAUAUAUGUAUAUCACCCAUUGAAUACCAAGGUCCGUGUGAAAAUAUCUUUUCCUUUAAAAAUUACAAUAAUGAUAUGAAAGCUGCUUGGGCAUCAUCUUGUAAUACUGUAUUUAUCAAUGACAAUAUGUAUAAUAACCUGAACAAUGUAAGAAGAGAAACUACCAUGUACACAAAUAAAACAAAUAAAAUAUAUGGCAUUAAGAACAGCACAUAUAUAUCUAAUUCCAAUGCAACUCAACCCUCAGUUAAUAAUGGCCCUAUAGGUUAUAGUGGUUCUGUGUAUGAAGGACUUAUACUCAAUGCUGAUGAUGAAACAGUGUAUUUACCUAGUAACAGUAAGAUGAAAUAUACAAAUAAUACUAUCCACAUGAACGAUAUUGCUGAUUGGAAUGAUGAACAGUUUAUAUUAACCGAUGGAAAAAUUACUGAUCUGUUGCUUUUAAAAGAAUCUUCGAAUGAUGAAAGCCUCAGAGCAACUAUUGAUGCCACCAUAAAAGAUCUUAGAGCCAGGUAUUCCAAGUAUAGCCCUUUUUCCUUUCUUCAAAUGAUUCGUUCGGGGGAAAUCACAGAUGACAAGCACAAUAUCAACAGAGGAAGAGGUAUAGCAAAUAGAGGUAGCAGAGGAAGUACAGAAAAUGGAGGAAGCAUAGCAAGCAGCGAACUGCGCACGUUUGUCAAUUUAGCAGCAGAAAAAGGCCAAAAACAAAUCCAUUCAUCUUCGAAAAGGAGCAAGCAUGACCAUGAAGGGAAUCACAAAGGCGUACCCAGUGAAGAGGAGGGAUCCAAGGGGUCUACAAAGAAGGAUACAAAGGAGGAUACAUAUGAGGAUACGGACGAGAAUAUAGAUAAGGCUACCGAUGUGGAUACAGAUGAUAACACGGUAGAAGCCGCUAACAACCGGAACGAUGUGAAAAACUGGUACAACAACUACAAGGUAGAGAACGCCAAUUUGGCUUACUCAGGAGUGUGUUUCGAGAAGAACUACAUGGAAUGCCCCGUUGGAUGGACCAGGAUAAACGAUAAACAAUGCUUGGCAUCAAAAAGUUAUGCAGGAAGAGUAAGGAAAUGCGGAUCAAUAUUGAACUUAGGGGAGGUGGUAAAAAAUAUGUAUGAUGUAGCCCAUGAUAUGUCCUUUGUUACAGCAGAUAUAGAGAAAAGAAAAAAGAUUGAAAAAGAUUGCAAUGUUCAAUUUCCUUGUAUAGAAUGUGAAAGAGAUUAUAUUAGAAUAAAUUGUCCCCUAGGCUGGAAAGAAAUGAAUGAUGGAAUUUGUGAAGCUCCCGAAGAUUAUCCUCUUUACUUAAAAGAAUUAUGUGGCAAUGUAGUAAAUUUUAAAUAUGCAAGUGCAAAUUUUAAAAGGAAAUGGAGUUUUCUAUGUAAAGCUGAUUGGCCUUGUUUUUCUGUUUGCCAAAAGAAUUAUGCACAUCCAUGCCCUUUAGGGUAUAAACUUAUCAAUGAACGUACAGACAAAUAUUAUAAGGAUCAUAUAUAUGUAUGUGCUAAUGAAAAUUGGAAGGACUACGACCAAAAGAGUAACCUUAGACAGAGAAAUAUCUGUCAUGUUAUUGAAGUAUAUAAUAGUAUUAUAUUAAAAAAAGAAAUAGAAAAAAAAUGUAAAGUUAUUUGGCCUUGCUUAAACAUAUGUGAAGAAAAUUUUUAUCAAUCUUGUCCUUAUAAUUGGCUCUUAAAAGAUAAUAAAUGCAUUGCUCCUUAUUAUUAUAAACCCCCCAAAGGAUGUAAAAAUUCCCUCGAGAUAUUCACGUUUAACACAUUUGAUAAAUAUCUCUUUUCUAAUAAAUGUUUUGCCCCUUGGCCAUGCAAAAACUCUUGUCAGCAAGACUGGACUAGUCCUUGCCCGGACGGCUGGACGAGACUCAAAGCAGCGGAAAAGAAAAGCAAAAGUAAAUAUAAUGCAGAUAACAAAUAUAACGAAGGUAGCAAACAUAAUGACCAAGGUGAUGACAAGAUAUAUGAUGACCAAAGUGAAGAUAAGAACUAUAGAGGUCAUAGUGAUGAUAAGAACUAUAGAGGUCAUAGUGAUGAUAAGAAAUAUAGAGGUCAUAGUGAUGAUAAGAAAUAUAGAGGUCAUAGUGAUGAUAAGAAAUAUAGAGGUCAUAGUGAUGAUAAGAAAUAUAGAGGUCAUAGUGAUGAUAAGAAAUAUGGCCAUAAUGACGAUAAGUAUGAUCAGAGCGAAGACAAUAAAUAUAAAGAUCAUAGUGAUAAUAAUAAAUAUGGCCAUAAUGACGAUAAGUAUGAUCAGAGUGAAGAUAAUAAAUAUAAAGAUCAUAGGGACGAUAAUAAAUAUAAUGAUUACCAUGAUGAUGAAAAAAUGAACAGUAGCUACUUUUGCAAACCACCUAAGACGUACAAAGGGGCUUGCAGCGAAGAAUACUACAACUUAGCUGACUUUACCUUUUCACAAAAACAAGAUUUCUCUUAUCGAUGUAGUGCUAAGUGGCCAUGUGGAGCUACUUUGCAUCAUUCAGAAAAUUGGCAAAAGGAAAAUUUCUAUCAUGAUAUUAAUUUUGAGAAACUCAAAACGAUUAGAUUUUAUGAUACAUUUUAUUCGUCCCAAUAUUCCAAGUACCAAACUCCAUUUUUUUAA